CAAACACGCAAUUUAUUACAUAGGCUUGUCUUACACCUUUGUGGAGCUUUAUUGUAGUUUUGUUUUGCGGCAUCGAAACAUACGUUUAAUUAGUGUGCUUUUUGUUCUCCUUCCAAAUUUUCUUUAUUGUCGAAUUGUUUUGGUGGUGUGUUUAAUGGUUUGUUUGGUUUAUGUGUUCGUUUUUUUGUGCCAGCAGAAGAAGCCGGAAAGGAACGUAAUGUCUUCGAAUUGUGGUGGAUUUUGCGCAAUGCUGUAUUUAUAAAGGGAUACAUGAACACUGUUUUUUUCUGUUGGCUGGAUAAUAGUCGAGUGCCCAUCGUCCGCCACUUUGGAAAUAAACCGUAGUGUGCGCAAGUGGUCGAUAGUGUGAGUGUGAAAUAGAAAAAUGCUUUAAAAAGUGUCUGAUGUGAUUUAAGUGCGCCAUUAUACUCGGUGUCUAAUUUAAAAAAUAAAAAUCUGUGAUUAAAUUCGAAACGUACUAGCAUGAGUUCGUAUUUCGCCAACUACAUGCCGGACAUGAGAAAUGGUGGCGUCGUUUCAGCUGAACAUCAGCAACAUCAUUACGGAGCGGCUGUGCAAGUGCCGCAGGGCGGUGGAGCAGUCCAAACUGAUCCAAGUGCGUGCGCCAACGACCCUUCUGUGGUUGGUUUGCGGCAAGGCAUACCUCCUCACCAUUAUGGCGGGCCUCCGGCUGCCGGACAACCUCCUCAGGGCAUGCCAUACCCUAGGUUUCCUCCCUACGAUCGUAUGGAUAUUCGGAAUCCCGCAUAUUACAACCAACAGCAGAUGGACGGGACGCAAGGGUACCGACCCGAUAGUCCCAACGCCAUGCACAUGGGGACGGCAGCUCCAAACGGUCACCAAACACCAGUGGUGUAUGCAAGUUGUAAAUUGCAAGCGGCAGCGGUGACCCAAAAUGGGGUCUUAGGCCCCAACGGCAGUCCGCCCUUAGAUACAUCCCAGAAUCUCACUAAUCACCAUAUGGGGCAUCAUAUGCAGGAACAGCAUCCGCAACACCAUCAGGCCCAUCACCAACAGCCGCAUAUGAUGUAUGGCGCGCAACAAAAUCCGAAUAUGCACCAACAAGCGCCUCAUCCGCAACCUACUUUGCAACAGCAGCAACAGGGGCAACAGCCCCAGAAUAACACGGCUUCUGCGUUGCCCAGUCCGCUUUACCCCUGGAUGAGGAGCCAAUUUGAACGAAAGCGAGGUCGUCAAACGUACACGCGGUACCAGACGUUAGAACUGGAAAAGGAGUUCCAUUUCAAUCGGUACCUCACGAGGCGACGGAGAAUAGAAAUCGCCCACGCACUUUGCUUGACGGAACGGCAAAUCAAAAUAUGGUUCCAGAAUCGAAGAAUGAAAUGGAAAAAGGAAAACAAGACCAAAGGGGAAGGUGGUUCGGAAGGGGGUGGCGAUGACAUUAGUCCUCAAGGUUCCCCACAGUGAACCAACCAAACUCGUUGGAUGCGAACCAUGUACCUAAUAAACAACGUAGUCAUUGCAUUUGUUUUCUUCUUUUUAACGCGUUGCGACGUUAAGAAGUCGAUCGACUUUUUCGGCAGGAAAUACUCAAAAAAAUAACUACACCAUUGUGGGCGUUCGUCGCAGCGUUGCAGGAAAGACCCGGUGAUAACUAAAUAUUUGUUAAUUAAUUUUUAAGCCAGGGUAGUCGAAAAAUAUCUAAAUGAAACGUCAAUUUUUUCAUGCAAGAUACUUGGUUCCCGUAAUUAAAUAAACUUUCAUACAAACUGCAAGUCAACGGUACCUUUGUUUUAUAUGUUCUAGUAAUUCGACGAUUUUAGGUCUGCGUUAAUCUAAGCCAGUAUUCUUCAACUCGCGUUUCCCUUGUGAACGUUUAUCAUGGAUUCACGUAAGCAUCCAGUAACAUUAAUUUAGCACUUUUUUAACAUUCACGUUAAAAUAAAGAAAACAACUGUUCAUAGUGACAUUUAGUGAAUUAAUUAAAAUUUAAUGGCGUCUUCUAACGCAAAGCCAAGUUAUUCCUCUGUUUAAUUAAUAUUUCCAUUUCGAUCCACAAAAUAGAUAAUAAUCCAAAAAUUCAUCAUUUGUAUGCCCUUGAAAAGCUAGAAGUUGGCGGUUAACUUUUUAAUGUUAAUGGUUUGGUGUAUCUAGAUGGACGAUUCACUAUAGAAUCAUUUAACUUUUUUCCAUAAAUUUUAUAUUAGUGUUAAUAUUAAUAGAUGCUUGCGUCAAACCACCACAAGUCUCUACGUUUUUAAAGUUCCCAUUAACACAUAUCCAUUCAGUAAAAAGGAAUAAUAAAAAUUGUUUUAAAUAGUUUUUCUUCGUUCGAUCGAUUAAGAGGUAAAGAUUCUAAUUUCUUUCUUUGAGCUACUCCUCCUAUAAAUAUAAAUGUUUAACGUGAUAACUUAUAUAGAGAUUUGACAAAAAAAAGCAUGAAAAAUGAAAUCCGGAUGUUUUAUUGAAGGAAGCAUCUCAUAAAUAAAUGAAAAAUAUCUGGAAUGAAAUGUUGAAGAACACUGUUACUUCAAGCAAUAUAAAAAAUUGAUAUAACAAUUAGCGUAAUUUAUACAAGGUGCUUCUAAAUUCAGCUAAAUUCAGACAUUAAGGGCAUCUUUUUCACGUUGAGAAAGACUUUUUGCUGUUAAAAAUUGCCGUCAACAGUUUAUGAUUGAUCCAAAGAGCAUUGGAAUUUAAAGGUUCCCACGAAAUUAUAACUAUUUUUAGCUACACAUUUUAAUUAAUAGUUUGUGAAGGACUGAUUGCGAACAAGUUAAUGAGUAAAAAGAUUAAAAAUUAAACCAAAAAUUCGUUUUGUAUUUUAAGAUCUACCAGGGGCGUACCGCAAAAACGUUAAGAGCAAUAAAAAGGCACCUAAAAAAUAUUUCCAUUUCCUCUGAACCUAGGUAUGCUUUAAUUUUGUCCUAAAUACCUCAAAAAUGAUAGGAGCUAUAAGGGAAAACCGAAGAAAAUAUUGAAUCUUUAAAAUAAUGUUCCUACAAUAUUGUUACCAAAUCUUGAAACACCCGCAACGCCCGAUUUUUUUUUUAUUUUUGAUUUAAAAUUUAGGCUAGCCCAUACAGAUACCUAGUUAAGUGACUUAAUUUUCACAAAAAAAUAUUUAACUUUCCCUGCAGGCUACGAACGCCCAUACACACACACAACCGUAAUGACCUCUUUUUCUGUGUAUAAUUAGUUUCGAAUUAAUUUACGCGAUUUAUAUAGAUCGAUUUAAAUAGUUUAUUUAUUAUUUAUAAAUAUAUUGUAGAUAAAAAAAAAUUUUAUAUUAUAUUUUGUUUUUUCAUUGUCCGCGGAGACUUUUUACGUUCUUAAUUUUUCGUGUUUGAUAUUUUGUUUUUGGACACUCGCAAAAGCCUAAGGCCAGUGUAACGUGCAAUUUUUUUGAAGUGAAACUCGCGAUUUUGCAGAUUUGCGAACUGCCAAAAAUGUUUACGAAAAGGGUGAAUUCCGAUUUUAAAAAAUUACUAGAAAACGAUGCGCAUAACACCAAGGUUCACUUGUUCUUUUCGGAUUUAAGGUCAGUGGUCGCCAUUUUGUUUUGGAAAUGUGAAUGUGGCCAUGAGUUUUACGCAAGUUGAUUGGAAUUGAUUAGAAUUUGGAAAAUAUUCCAGUUGGCUUAUGUGUUUUUAACCUUUGAGAUGAGUAGUUUAUUUGUACUCCUUUUUGAUAUCGAAGCAAGUUACAUUGCUACUUAACCUAAUUAAAAAAAACAAAUUACUUAAAUAUAUAAAAAUCUUCAAAUCAAAUUGUCUACAAAUAAGCUAACUUUGAAUAAGUGUAUGAAAACGUAGAAUUGUUUACUUUAAAGUGUAGAUAUUUCGACUGUAUGUAUAUUUGGUUAAAAAAAGUUCAAAAAACUUGUAAAUAGUCCGGUCAAAGAGGAUAUGAAAUAUACGAUAUUAUUAAAAGUACGCACUUUCAUGCCAAAGGUAGAAGUAAUCAUUAUCCAUGUAGGAUAUUUGGUAUAAGAAAGGAAUACUCAAAAAUACGUAAUAAUACUGUGAAAAAUAUACACUGAGUGUACAAGUAAAUCAUAAAGUGCGCAAACGUUUUAGCGAAUAGUUUCUUAUUUACACACGCCAUUAUAAAGGAAAACUUUUUUUUCCUAUAAGCUACAAUGGAAUUCAAAAUGUUUUAUUUUGUGAAUCUAUUAGUGAUAAACCAGUAACGAAAUACGUAAAUCAGAUAACAGUGCUACAAAAGAGGUAUACGUCUAAAUAGACAGUUAUUUUAAUAUGACAAAUAUUAUUUAAAAUAUAUUGUAAAAUAAAACGUUAAGCAAGUUAAAUAGAAUCCAAAAAUAUUCGUUCUAUUCAAUUUCUGUUUCGUCGUUUUCCGGUCAUAUUAUUCUUUUUCAAGGUAUAAUUUGGCUAACACCCGAAAUGUAGGAGAAACUUAUUUACACGCUAUGAGAAGUAAGAAACAUUUUUAGAGAUCUUUUGCAGUGAAAUGCUGUAAAUUUGUACCUAUAUGGAUAAAUAUAGAAAUAUAAUAGUUAUUUGUGCUGUGGUGUAAUAUUUUAGAAAGUUAGUUGACUAAGUUUUACAUACAUUUUUGAUUUCGGAGAAAUUUUUGUUUUUUUUUUUAUUUUGUAAAUCAAACGUUAUUGUAAUAUAAAUUUAUAAAUAUUUUUAACCCUCGUAUAUAAAUUAUAUUUUGAGUCUAAAUACUUUAAUACUUGGA